AUGGAGUCCCCUAAGUCUAAGUUGGAGUCUCUUGUUGCUCCUGAGGUGGAAGCGCCUGCUGCUUCUGUCCUUGCAGAAUCCGAGCAGAUUGCCCCAGAGGAUCAGACGCAACAGGCGCAGGAGCAAGCAUACGGACAGGGACAGGACUCUUCACCCGAGCAGCCUGUGAACCAACCAUUGGGGCAGUCUGCACCUGUCAUGGCCCAUACUGAAGAGCUGGCUUCCGACCACACAAUUAGCCGUGCCGCCAUCCACAAUGGCUAUAACAGCGACUCGAAAGCGCAUUACCACUCCCGAUCGACUGACUUUCAUCAAUCUGGUCUUGAAUACGCCGCCCAAGACACUGACCAAUCCCGCCAGAACUCAUCUCCGUUGCUCAACCACCACCCUCUACCUGUUCCCAACUCCAGGCCCGGAUCGGGACUCUCUAGUGGACCAGAACGCGCCACCGGGGUUUCCCAGUUACAGCAACAGGACGCCAGUCAGCGCCAAGCCUCCCAGGCCAGCAAGAACAGUGUGGUGAUUAAAGUUGGUAUGGUAGGCGAUGCGCAGAUUGGAAAGACCAGUUUGAUGGUCAAGUACGUCGAGGGCAGCUGGGAUGAGGAUUACAUCCAAACGUUGGGUGUCAACUUUAUGGAAAAGACAAUCUCGAUUCGCAACACUGAAAUCACCUUCUCAAUUUGGGAUCUCGGUGGCCAGCGCGAGUUUGUUAAUAUGCUACCGCUUGUCUGUAAUGACGCCGUUGCAAUUCUUUUCAUGUUCGAUCUCACUCGCAAGAGUACAUUGAACUCCAUUAAAGAGUGGUACCGUCAGGGACGUGGCUUCAACAAGACAGCCAUUCCCUUCCUGGUGGGCACUAAAUAUGAUCACUUUGUGAACUUCCCCCGCGAGGAUCAGGAGGAGAUCUCUAUUCAGGCCAAGCGAUUUGCCAAGGCGAUGAAGGCUAGUCUGAUCUUCAGCAGCACCAGCCACAGCAUCAAUGUGCAAAAGAUCUUCAAGAUCGUUCUAGCCAAGGCAUUCGAUUUAAAGUGCACCAUUCCGGAGAUCGAGAAUGUUGGCGAGCCCCUGCUCCUCUACAAGAAUGUCUAA